CGCUGCACCUUCAACCACCCAUAAACCCAGACAUAAACCCACCGCCCACCGGGUCCUGUUUUCCUCCCAUCAUGAUGACCGACACCUCUCAAUAACCAGGACACUCCUCCAGUCUACUACACCGCCUCCGAUGUGGCAGCCAAGCCGCCUCUGUGUCGUCUCCUCCGGGCAGCCGUUAGCUUCAUCACCCUGCGGUCCGACAUCAUGCUAAUCGUCGACGUAAUGUAGUUCAUUCGCCAGGAUUGGUUGCUGAUGACGAAAUGAUGCCAUCAUCGCAGAUGUGACAGAUUAGAGUGACACAGGGCCUGAUCAUGGGAGACAGAAGAAGGUCACCAUGUGCCGAAAUCCGUCCAAAUAUGCCCUCAUCUUUCUCUUCCUAGCCCUGUCUGGCCUCAUCUUCCUGCUGCGCAACAUCCACACUGUGGAGAACUGGAACUGCCACACCGUCUCAGCCCUCUACCAGCUCCAGAGCAGGAUCCAAUCAUCCUUCGUCCCAGAGAAUCUUCCCACUUUCCAUCACAAUCGCACCUUCUGUGCCCAUCUGGGCCAGAAACCCUCCCCUGAAGAUGAGCUGGAAGAGCGCUACCUUUUGGACUCUAUUGCCUGGCCUGGGCCUCCGCCUCACUCUGCACCAACCUCCCUGCGCCAGACGAGCGACCCCGUCCACAGCCUGUUCGCCAUCCUUCCCACUAAGGGAGGAAGGGAGUGGCAUUUGGGCGACCAGCUGGAGGUACUCGUCCAAAUGCAUGACUUCCAGGGGCGCCCCAAACGCUACGGUGGGGAUUUCCUUUUGGCCAGACUGCACUCCCCGGAGGUUGGAGCAGGUGUAGCAGGUAAAGUGCUGGACCACAGGAAUGGAUUUUACUCCGCUAUGUUCCCGCUCCUCUGGGAGGGGAUGGCACAUGUUGAGAUAACAUUGGUGCACUCGAGUGAGGCUGUUGCUGUGCUGCGACGGCUGAGGGAGGAACGGCCUGAUAGAGUGUUUUUUAAGAGCCUGUUUCGCCUGGGCUUCCUGUCUGAAACUACUGUGUGUAACAUGUGCCUCCCCCCUGACCAGCAGCCUCUGUGCAACUACACAGACCUUUACACAGGAGAGCCCUGGUACUGCUACAAGCCGAAGAUGCUCAGCUGUGACACCAGAAUCAACCACGCCAAAGGAGGCUACCUGAAACACCUCAUCACCAACAAAGAAGCAUUGCUCUUCCAGAGUGGUGUAAACAUUAAAGUUCACAUACACGCUUCAGGACCCGACAAAAUCAUCGUGCUGCCUCCCAGGAAAGAUAAAGUAGAGGUAGAAAACAGCAGUAUAAAACCAGAACCUAUUAAGCUAGAACCAUCUGGAUAUUACUACGAGGACACAUGGAGGCCAUUAAAUGGCGUUACAAUGCGCCAGUUCAAUGAAUCAUCUGCCACCACUCAGUGUUUGAAGAACAAGGUGAUCAACAUGUACGGAGACUCAACCGUCAGGCAGUGGUUUGAGUACCUCAUUGCUUUAGUACCAGGUUUAAAGGAGUUCAACCUGCACAGUCCUAAAAACGUCGGGCCUUUCAUGGCGGUGGACAGCACCCAUAAUAUUCUCUUGAAGUACCGCUGCCAUGGCCCACCCAUCCGCUUCUCCACUGUCAUGUCCAGAGAGCUGCGGUACAUUUCAAAUGAGCUGGACAACCUCUCUGGGGGUCCUAACACCAUUGUCGUCCUCAGCAUCUGGGCCCAUUUCAGCACCUUUCCUGUGGAGGUGUACAUACGGCGGCUCCGUCACAUUAGACGCUCGCUGGUGCAGCUUCUGGACCGAGCGCCUGGGACGAUCGUUGUGAUCCGCUCGGGCAACCUCCAAGCCCUGGACCAAGAGGUGAGCCUGUACAACAGUGACUGGUACUCCCUGCAGCUCGAUAUGGUGCUGCGGUCCAUGUUCAAAGGACUGAACGUGCUGCUGGUGGACGCCUGGCAAAUGAGUUCAGCGCACCACCUUCCUCACGCCCUCCAUCCUCCUCAAGUCAUUGUCAAGAACAUGAUAGACAUGCUUUUGUCUUACGUUUGCCCAGAAAAGACAAAGAGCAAAGACAACUGAUGUAGAGGAACAGUGACGAUAAUGGAUCUUGUUGAAGGACACUGAGAUUAAUGUGUCAAUUUGCCAACCAGUUCUUCAGCUCACGACAGUAAGGCUUCUUUUUAGCGCUCUUCAAAGCUGCACACCCUUUAAAUACUGAGAGACUUCUAAUGUAGGACUGAUCUCUGUUUACUUGCCUGUUAAAUUUAAUUAUCAAUCCAACAAAACUAAAUUUAUUCUGGAAAAAGCCAAAGACUUUGGCACGGUGUUACGCCCCACCCUUGGGCGGCCCUAUGGGCUGAACAAAGCUCCACCACUGACCCAAAAUACCCACAUCCCUUAAAUCAAAUCCAUAAGAGUUAUUAACAAAAAUCCUGCAAAGAGGACAGUAAAAUCCCAGGCUGAGAGGCAGCAGGACCAGUAGUCCUCAUGGCAGAGGCCUCUCUCCUCUGCUGCUGGCACCGAAGCUCUUAAGCACCUCCUCCCCAUGCCAGAUGCAGUGCACCUCAUUAGGCAAUGCAGCACACCUGGGCAGAUCUGCAAUAGAGGGAAAGGGGACAGCAACACAGAACACACACAGCCGCAACACCCCCACCCUUAAAACAAUGAAUAAAUAGGUUGUCACACUGUCGCUCAGUCACACACAAGUACUGAGGCAGUUAAAGCUUAACACAGAACAACUGUAACAAACCAUAGUUCAGUGACAAAUACUAUUUAUUCAUUGAAAUUAAGUGUACUUAACAAUAAGGAAAUGAGUGCUGCUUACAGAGGCUUUAUGUUAAAGGUAAACACAGAUCAAAAGCACUCAGAAAAACACCUCGGUAACUCUGAGUACGUAGAUUAAUCUAGUUUGCGCUCAAAUCUGAAACAAUGAUGCUCAGUUUCCCCAACACUACAUGCAAGCAUCUCUUCAAUACAAAGCAAAUGGUGUAAUUAAGUCACAACAGAUUGGGACUGCUGCUGACAGAAGGUGUCAACUUGGGUCAAAUUUGGAUCAAACAAGAUCUUAUUAUACAAAGGGCCAACUAAGUCAACCAGCCAAAUCAAUGGAUGCCACUCCCACGAGGUACAAAAUGGUUACCACCAUGAGGUAAAAAAAGAAAGAAACCACCACAAAACUAAACACUGACUUCAUCUACCAACGCCAAAAACAGCAACACAGGUGACCAACACUAAAGUGAAGUGCAACAGCCACAAACCAAAAGGAUCAUAACUAGUAGACCAACAGCAGCACACCAAGAUCCAACAAAAGUGAACUGCUACUACUACAACACAAAAUGGACACCAUGUGGUCUCCAGCCACAUACACAAGUUACUGUAAUGGAUGUAGGAAACCAGCAACACAAAUGAACCUGAUGAAUUGGGAAGCCACACCCACCACUACAAGAUCUAAUGAUCUGUGGGGUGACUACAUCCCAAACCCAAAAAAGGUCACAACUAAUUUGCUACAACAAAUACCCAACAGCAGUAACACACAAGUGACCACACCAAAUAGUGGAAAAUCACAAAAUGGUCACGAUGUAGUUAACCACUACACAGAUGUUGCAAACUUACACUAAAAGCGGGAUUCAUACUUGUACGUCAGCUCUAUGCAGAGCCUUAUGCCGUAGCCGACGCAUGUGGCCUACACUGUUGUGAGCAUUUGUACUUGUACAGUGGUGUGUCUGUGUCACUCUGCAGUUACACCUCCAUAACACUAGUCAGCGGCAUAGCUUCUGUGAAGUGCUGUAGAGUUUAGUUGAUUCAAAACACACAUUAGAUAUGGCUUAAUAGCUACAGCUUCAAAAACAAGUACACAAAUCAGCUUCAAUAUAACCUGCAGCAUUCACAGACAAAACAUUGGUCUCUUGCUGGACACAUUUUCCCCACAUGCUAAUGUUUUUAGCACAAGCCUAUGGCAUUUUACAUUGUAUGAAUUAGCCUAGCGACAAGUGGAGAUUUCUUCUACUCAUAUGAAACCAGGAUAAAUCAUACACAACUUAAAAUGCUAUUUUGUGGAGGCUUUACUGUCUUCACAAGUUAUUGUUUCUUAUCUGUGAAAUUAAAGUAAAUAAAAGCUUUGUUUCCACCGAGGGAAAUGGUUUCAUCUCACAAAAAUGGACAGGAGCUCUGCGUCGCCGUGACGUGUAGUUAAAUUUCUGAGGAGGUGUACAUCAGACCACGGCGUAGGGUAUGGUGUAGGCCUAUGCUGUAGGUACGGCGUCAGUUUGACAUAGAGGUAUAAAUCCUGCUUACACAGCAGCCCACAAGUGACCAAACAAAAAGAAAUCACAACUAAGUUGCUAAAGUGCAAAACUAGGAAAACUGACCUGCCUACCAACAUGGCAAGCUAACCCUAGGUAGUCUUCAGUGGCCUGCCAAGCUCGAGGUGGCUUUAAACUCUGAAUUUACUGCAUCACAGGAGACCAAAGAAAUAGCCAACUGUAAUACACUGAAGCGUGCCCCCGCUGAGGAUUGCCACCAGAAAAAAAUAAGGCAAAAUAACAAAGUGGCAAGCUUUUUACACCUACCCAAUGGCUACCUAGUCAGUCAGUUAAAAAUUGAAACCACAACUGGUCUGACAAAAGGGAUGACCUCAACACUCAAACAAAAACUUGCAUUUACAUUAUCUCGUGGAUGUUCGGCCCCAGAUGAGCCCCCAUUUGUUGCGACCCACCUUUGGGCGGCCCUAAGGUGAACAAAACUCCAACACUGGCCCAAAAUAACCACGAGACACCUUUAAAACAGUCAAAUCCAUGACAACAAACCAUGCAGACAAGACAGUAAAAUCCCAGGCUGAGAGGCAGCAGGACCAGCAGUUCCCAAGCCAGAGGCGUCUCUCCUCUUUGUGCAGCGCACCUCGUUAGGUAAUGCAGCACACCUGGGCAGAUCUACAGAGGGAAAAGGGACUCCUACAGCCGUAACACACAGUGAUUGUUACUUUCCAUCUGCUGUUGUUACCAAAGUCUUUUCUAUGUGUGUGAGUGUAUGCGGUAUUUUUACAUAAGUUGCCAUGAAUCUGUUCUUUCAGUUUAACCUUUAUAUUUGUUAAUGUUUGUUUGUUAGUUUUGCCAAAGCUGACGUCUCAGUGAGUUCUGAUUCCUAAGAUUUUCCCUCAGGCUGCUCAGUGUUGAAAACGUGUUCUUACGCUCCGAUGCCAUGUUGCACCACGUUGACCACACUCUGUUCUUUGUGUCUGAUUGUUUUAAAUGAUGACAUGCAGCUUUCUUGGGUUAAUUGUUUUGCAAAAAAAAAAAAAAAAAACAUAAACUACAUUUACCAUUAAAUCUCAUCUAUAUGUGUGUGAAAUUUGUUUUAUAGUUUUAAGUUAUAUUUUAGGUGCGUAUAGUCCUCAUGGUGGACAUCACUGUAAAUCAUUA